UCUCGGCAGUGGCUCCAGAGGAAGCUCGGCGGCCGUGGUCGCUCUAAGCAGGCCGGACGUCUGCUGGCUGACGGGCUUUCCCCUAAAGCUGGCGAAGGCGGGGCCGCAGUCCGAGCUGCCGCAGUAUCUGGACCCACGGCGGGGCAGGUGCCGGCAGCGAGGGAAGUAGAAACUGGCUGCAUAUUGGGAAAUGAUUCUUGAAAUUUGUUUGUAUCAGAGGCAGUUACAGCAAAUGGGGUCAUGUUGGAGCACUCAUGUCUUCCCUUAUCCUUCAUUUUCAUUGUGGGGAAAACCUUGAUCAGCUGCAUUCAGAUCUCAUUAUGCAUCAGAAAAAUGAAAAAACAGAGGAAAAUUCUAUGGAGGAAAGGAAUCCACUUAGCCUUUUCUGAGAAAUGGAAUACUGGGUUUGGAGGCUUUAAGAAGUUCUACUUUCACCAACAGUUGUGCAUUCUGAAAGCCAAGUUGGGAAGGCCAGUUACUUGGAGCAGGCAUUUAAGGCAUUUCCAGUGCAGAAAGAAGGCCCUUCAAAUCCAGAAAACGUGGAUCCAGGAUGAACCCCUUUUUGCUAAGGCAAAGUCCAAUGUGGCUGUUCAGAAUCUUAGUACUUUGUCCUCUAAAGUGAAAGGAAAGGACACUAAACACUUCAUUUCCUCCUCAAGAACCUUCCUGAAACUCCAAGCAGAGAAGUUGCUAUCAUCAGCAAAGAACUCUGAUCAUGAAUACUCUGGAGAGAAAAGUCUCUUGAAGGCAGCCACUGACAUACCAGCAAAUAGUGUUUUAAGUCAGGCCAGUGGUCACAGACCUAGGACGGAGCCACAAGCUUCUGAUCCUCCUAUGAAGUUCAAUGGGGAGAGCCAGAGUCCAGGUGAGAGUGGCACAAUUGUGGUCACCUUGAGCAACCAUAAGAGAAAGCGCUUUUGUUAUGGCUGCUACCGAGGGCUGGAGCACCACAGGAGUGGGGGACCCCUGAUUCCAAGAAAGUUCCAACUUAAUCAACAUAGAAGAAUAAAAGUAUCUCCUCAUAUGAUGUAUGAGAAAUUAUCCAUGAUUAGAUUUCGGUACAGGAUUCUCAGAUCCCAGCACUUCAGAACAAAAAGCAAAGUUUGCAAGCUAAAAAAAGCCCAGCGAAGCUGGGUGCAGGUCACUGGGGACCAUCAAGAGACCCUUAGGGAGAACAGUGAGGGUGGCGGUUGCAGCUUAUUCCCUUCCCCAGAACCUAAAGACCCUUCUUGUCGGCAUCAACCAUACCUUCCAGAUAUGGACAGCAAUGCUGUGGUGAAGGGAAAGAACUCUCAUGUGCCUGAUGGCCACACUAAAGGAAGCCCUCUCUUGGGCAAGGAGUUUAGUUUAGAUGAAGCAUUCCCUGACCAACAGAAUGGCAGUGCCACAUACAUCUGGGACCACUCACCCUGUUCCUCUCCUAAGUGGGAGUGUACAGAGCUGAUUCAUGACAUCCCCUUACCAGAACAUCAUUCUAAUAACAUGUUUAUCUCAGAAACCGAGAGAGAAGCUAUGGCUCUGGGUCAGGAAAAUCGGACAAGUACUGUCAAUGAUGACAGAGUAAAACUGUCAGUGUCUGGGGCAGAUCAAUCUGUGAGUAGUGUAGAUGGGCCUGUGUCCGAAGAGACUGUUCAGAAUGAGAGCUCAUGCCAGAUGGAUGAGGAUGGAUCUUUCAAGCAGAACAUUCUUAGUUCUAAGUUGCUGGACCACCCUUACUGUAAAAGUCCACUGGAGGCUCCUCUGACGUGCAGUGGACUCAAACUAGAAAAUCAAGUGGGAGGUGGGAAGAACAGUCAAAAAGCCUCUCCAGUGGAUGAUGAACAGCUGUCAAUCUGCCUUUCUGGAUUCCUAGAUGAGGUUAUGAAGAAGUAUGGCAGUUUGGUCCCACUCAGUGAAAAAGAUGUCCUUGGAAGAUUAAAAGAUGUCUUUAACGAAGACUUUUCUAAUAGAAAACCUUUUAUCAAUAGGGAGAUAACAAACUAUCGGGCCAGACAUCAAAAAUGCAACUUCCGCAUCUUCUACAAUAAGCACAUGCUGGAUAUGGAUGAUCUGGCAACCCUGGAUGGUCAGAAUUGGCUGAAUGACCAGGUCAUUAAUAUGUACGGUGAGCUGAUAAUGGAUGCAGUCCCAGACAAAGUUCACUUCUUCAACAGCUUUUUUCAUAGACAGCUGGUAACCAAAGGAUAUAAUGGAGUAAAAAGAUGGACUAAAAAGGUGGAUUUGUUUAAAAAGAGUCUUCUGUUGAUUCCUAUUCACCUGGAAGUCCACUGGUCUCUCAUUACUGUGACACUCUCUAAUCGAAUUAUUUCAUUUUAUGAUUCCCAAGGCAUUCAUUUUAAGUUUUGUGUAGAGAAUAUAAGAAAGUAUUUGCUGACUGAAGCCAGAGAAAAAAAUAGACCUGAAUUUCUUCAGGGUUGGCAGACUGCUGUUACCAAGUGUAUUCCACAACAGAAAAAUGACAGUGACUGUGGAGUAUUUGUGCUCCAGUACUGCAAGUGCCUCGCCUUAGAGCAGCCUUUCCAGUUUUCCCAAGAAGACAUGCCCCGAGUGCGGAAGAGGAUUUACAAGGAGCUGUGUGAGUGCCGGCUCAUGGACUGAAACUCAGCAGGGACUCUGGGAAGUCUGACCAAGUUGGAGCAGAUGGUUUGUUACUUGAAUCUCCAAACACUUAUUUGAAUUUUUACAGAUAUUUCAGAUCAGUGGUGUUGGGCCACUGUUGUUACCUCAAAUUUAUUUUUUGCCCUUACUCAUUACCCUAGUUACUAUGUACUAUUUUUUAAUGUUCAGUUUGGUUUCAUUUUUAAUUUUAUGGAUUCUCUGUGUGUGUGUCCCCCCAUAUUUAAUAUUUAUUAUCCAAACGCAUGCAUAUAGACAGAGCAUGCAGUGCCGAGUAU